ACGGGACGCUCCUUCAACAACAAGGCCACUGAUUCAUUCAGUCGCCACUCGGUAGUUAGCCAAUGUAAAAACGAAACAUUGAAGCACUUUAGACCAUUUUUGUGUGUAUUAUUCUCGGUGUAAUUUGCUUGUUAAAAUUUACACAUUUGUUCAGGUUGAUUAUAUUGAGCCUAGCACUAGGCUAAUGCUAAUUUUAGGUAGCCCAACCAUGAGCUCACUAAGCUACUCCCUUACUGCUAAAGAAGAGGUCUGCUGGACGGAGAAAGAAGCUCUGGGUCUGUACAUUGUCGUAAAAGAAGAGGAAGAGGAGAAUAUUACAGUGAAAGAAGAGGAAGAAGCUUUCAGAAUAAAACAGGAGGACGAGGAGGCUAUCACGUCGAAAGAAGAGGAUGUUAUAGUGAAAGAAGAGAAAGAACCUUUUGGAGUAAAAGAGGAAGAGGAGGCUAUCUCAAUAAAAGAGGAGGAGGAAGUUGUUUUAGGAGUGAAAAAGGAGGAGGUUGAAGGAGAGGAAGUGGAGACUGGAGAUCUGAUUGACACUAGAGAGAGACCAGACUCUCAAUCUGACGGCGGGAAGAGUCCUUCAGGGGAACCACACUUGGAGACGCCCAAACAAGCAAGACAACAUCACUGCUCCCACUGUGGAAAGAGUUUUAGCUGGUUAGGGUACCUAAAACGGCAUGAGAGAAUACACACAGGAGAAAAGCCUUUCCAAUGUUCCCAGUGUGGAAAGAAUUUUACCGUGUUAGUCAACCUGAAAAGGCAUGAGAAACUUCACUCCGGAGAAAAGCCUUAUCACUGUUCCCACUGUGGAAAAAGUUUUACUCAGUUAGGGAACCUAAAACAGCACGAGUGGACACACACAGAAGAAAAGCCUUACCACUGCUUCCAAUGUGAAAAUAGAUUUUCAAGAUCAGUGGACCUAAAAGCUCAUGAGAGAACACACACAGGAGAAAAGCCUUUCCAAUGUUCCCAGUGUGGAAAGAGUUUUACCGUGGUAGCUAACCUGAAAAGGCAUGAGAGAAUACACACUGGAGAAAAGCCAUUCCAAUGUUCCCAUUGUGGAAAGAGUUUUACACAGUUAGGGCACCUAAAAAAGCAUGAGCGGACACACACAGGAGAAAAGCCUUAUCACUGUUCCCACUGUGGAAAGGCAUUUUCACGAUCAGGGGACCUAAAAACUCAUGAGACAACACACAUAGGAGAAAAACCUUUCCAAUGUUCCCAGUGUGGAAAGAGUUAUGCUAAGUUACGGUACCUAAAAGAGCAUAAGAGAAUACGCACAGGGGCAAAGCUUUUCCAAUGUUGUUAGUGUGGUGAAGGGUUCUCUCAAAUAGACGGUAUGAAGAUAGUUGAGAACAAAGCCUUGUCUCCCUACAGUGGAGAGUGUUUUACCGUGUUAGUUAACCUGAAAACACAUAACAGAAUACACUCUGGAGAAAAGCCUUUCCAUUGCUCCUAAUAUGGAAAGACUUUUGCCGGGUUAGGGAGUCUGUAUUCACAUGAGUGGACACAGAUUGGGGGCCUAUAAAAAUCUGUGAUACAGAGAAAACGGAUGAAAUCUCAGAAUCCAGAAAAUAAAAUGCAAUUCAACAAUAUUCUGAAAUGUAUUGAGCUUAGUAGGGAAUCAACUAAAUGUAUUGAAAAUGUAUUAAUUUGCUCACGUUCAUCAUGACAUGAACAGAAUGCUUCAGCAAAUCAUAUUUCCUGCAUCUUUCUGAAGAUUGUGAUAAUUGUCCACGAGAAUCCAAAUAGGUCAGAUCAGGUUUGCAAUUAAUUACUUCAAUCAGACCCCCUUUCACCCGCAGAAAGGGGAUAGGAAAUAACUAUUGAGGAUCAACAACUCACAUCCUGUUGUAAAUCAAGGGGAGAAGAUUCAGGUCUCCCUCUCCCAGAUUCAAAGGAAUGUCCAUUGUUUCAAUAGACUUUUCCUGCCGAUACUCUGACAUGUUCAAAAGUGAAUACGGGAACAAUAUUUCUAACAUAGAACGCGGGGAACGGUCUGAAGCGAUCUAAAGAACACUAAAGUAAUCAUGCUUGUUAUUUUGUGAUGUCAUUAAAAAUGUUUUAAAGACUAUACAACACUAAUGUAAUCAUGCUUGUUAUUUUGUGAUGUCAUUAAAAAUGUUUUAAAGGAACUACUGUAACUUGGAAAGUAUACCCACUAUAUCUGUGAAAUUUCCAUCUGUGCAUGAAAUAUGAAAAAUGAUUAAAAUGUUUUUGUUUAGA